AUGAUCGAGGUCGCAAGCCAAGUCCAACCCUAUGGUGAAUGCGGUUCUUUUCGACCCACUCAACAGUCAUCGCAGAAGUCUCAAGGCCCACCUCAAAAAAUACAGCCCACUCCAGCUAAAGCAUGGGCUGAGACGAGCCGGUACCCUUGUUCCUACGGCAGGGGAGAGCAUUAUAUCGCUUCCUGCAGCGGCUUUAAGAGUCUGACGCCCGGCGCUCGCAAGGAAGUUGUUAAUCGACUUCCUCUCUGCUACUGUUGUAUGGGCAAGCACAGUAUCAGAAUGUGUCAGACUACCAGUAGAUGCAAGCUCUGCCAAGACAGGCACCAUACAAUGCUCCAUCAAGACCGCUCUUCUCAUCCAGAUCAAAGUGGUUCUGCAUCCCAGAUGGCUUCUCUCAAUGACUCAGGAGCUCAGCAGCAGAACGGUUCGGCUUCGAUGACCAGCGUCCCUGUCACGACCUACACUCACGCAGUUGACCUUCUCAUCGGAUCUGACGUUUUUGGAAAACUCAUUAAGCCCAGCGUAAUUAAAGGAGGAGCGCAGGCUUCUGUUGCUCAGCUAAUCAGUUUUGGCUGGAUCAUUUUUGGACCAACGGGAUCGAAUCAAAAGACCACUUGCUCUACUCAUCACGUCAGCGUUUUGAAUGAAGAGCUCCAUGAUCUUCUGAUCAAGUUCUGGGUUCGGGAGGAAAUCCUUGGGUACAGGGACUCGAGCCUCUCAGAAGAGGAGUUGAAGUACGAACAGCACUUUCGUCAGACGUACGCGAGACACACCUCAGGUCGUUACAUCCUCUACUCUGACUUCCUCAGGGAAUAUGCAGAUCUCGACCACAUGAGGCUAAGAACUCGCUCUCACUUUGGUUCUUCGUCUUCGGUUCAGGCGGAGACCGCCGGUUGUUCUGACGAGAUGACCUUACCACAUGGAGCGCAAGCUUCAGGAGAGUUGAGGGUCUCCGAGGAGCCUCAAGUAGGCUCGUCUGGCAUUCAGGAGAGUUACUACCUGCCUCAUCAUGGUGUUGUCAGAGGAAGCAGCGAAACGAUGAAACUGAGAGGAGUGUUUAAUGGAUCAGCGAAGACCAGCUCAGGAAAAUCGCUCAACGAUAUCCUCCACACAGGGGCUAAGAUUCAGCAUGAUAUCUUUGAUGUUAUUUUUUGGAGCAGGCUGAACAAGGAUCAGCUCAUAGAAACAGCCCGUCAACUUCGCGAUCUCUCUGCUGCUGGAGGAAUGCCUCUGCCGAAAUGGCACAUCAAUAGUCCAGUGUUACUGCAGUGGCUUGAUCCUGACAGUACUUCUAAUGACCAGCGAGUAUAUGAAGAUUCGACGACCAGGAUACUUGGGUUAUCACGGCAGCCGAGCUCAGAUAACUUUGUCUUCUCAACUCAGACCAACGAUGAAUUGAAAGUCUGUAAGAGGAAUAUACUCUCAGAGAUACCUCAGAUCUAUGACCCGCUCGGAGUUUUAUCUCCUGUAGUGAUCAGAGGGAAGCUGCUCAUGCAGGAGACUUGGAGUGGCAAGCUCGGCUGGGAUGAUGAAGUUCCAGAUCAAAUGGCUCAGCGUUUGAAAAGUUUUCGGAAUGUUCUCACUCUAUUCUCGAACCUAUCUGUUCCAAGAUGGUUAGGCCUGCUCCAGAAUUCGUCGAUUGAAAUUCACGGAUUAUCAGAUGCUUUUACUCUCGCAAUGUCAGCCAUAGUCUAUCUCCAAGUCUUUAAUGGAAAUGAAGAGCCUCGGAUUUGUUUGAUCUGCUCGAAAAUGAAAGUAGCCCCUCUGAAACGGUUGACAAUAGCAAGAUUGGAACUCAUGGCUGCUGUUCUUCUUGCUAGACUUGUGAAGCUCGUCAAAGAUCAGCUCAACCUUUCCGAAGCUCCGACAUGGAAGGAAUUCAUCAAGAAUCGGGUUCAGCUUAUUCAGGAGAUAUCAAAUGCUCAGUGGAAACUCGUUCCUGGCAAAAAGAAUCCAGCAGAUUGCGAAUCUAGGGGUCUUACCACAGCUCAACUCUCGUCUCAUAAGCUCUGGUGGCAAGGGCCGCCAUGGCUCAUGAAUAGCUCAUCAUCUUGGCCAUCUCUCGGUAUUUCCCCAGUGGCAUCAGCGGAUCUGAAAGAGAAACCUGGUGUCGUGCUCAAUGUUAAACUCCAGCGCACCGAGAUCUGGGAUUUAGUUCAUCGUUACUCCUUUCUCAGUGAGCUAUUCAGAGUGACAGCUCUUUGUCAGCGGUUUAUUGCUCGGUUCAGGAAGGUUCCUGGUUCCUCGUUGGGAAUACCACUCAACCCUGGUGAUAUCGAGCAAGCCCGACUCUUCUGGAUCAAAGCCAGUCAAUCGGCAUAUCUCUCUACGGACCUGAUAGCUCUGUCCAGAGGGCAGAAACUUAGUCCAUCGAGCCCGCUGACUCGUCUGACAGCGUUUCUGGAUCAUCAGAGAGUUCUUCGUGUUGACGGAAAGUUAAAGUUUGCUCAGCUCGACGGCGAAAACAAGCAUCCAGUCAUUGUACCGAAGGAGUCUCAGUUUGCCCAGCUUAUCAUUAAGGAUGCUCAUCUCAGAACUCUGCAUGGAGGACCGCAGCUCACACUUGGCCAGCUCAGGAAAUCCUACUGGAUCCUCGGAGGAAGAGCUCCAGUUAGGUCGUUUCUUUUGAAUUGUGUUGCUUGUGCCAGACAGCGAGGAAUUCGAGCUCAACCGUUUAUGGGUCAGCUUCCAGUUGCUUGUCUCAUACCUGGCCAUGCGUUUCUUAACACUGGAGUUGAUUACGCCGUACCAGUGUCGCUCCGCUCAUGGAAAGGAUGUGGUCAUAAAUCAUGCAAAGGAUGGCUUGCAAUUUUCGUUUGCAUGGCUACGCCCCCGGUUCAUCUCGAAGUCGUAUCAGACUAUUCAGCUGAAGACUUCAUAACUGCGUAUCGUCAUUUCGUUGCCCGGCGCGGGAUCUGUAGGAAUCUGUUUUCCGAUUGCGGAACAAACUUUCUCGGAGCCGACAAAGAAAUGAAGAAGCUCUUCUCGAUGGUAUCAAAGGUGUCUGAACAGCUCGCUCAUCUUUUGCUCAAUGACGGAACAAGAUGGUCUUUUAACCCUCCAGGUGCUCCGCACUUCGGAGGUAAAUGGGAAGCUGCGGUGAAGUCGGUGAAGUUCCAUCUCAACAGAACGAUCGGUGAUGCUAUGCUCACUUUUGAGUAA